AAAGAAACACCACUUGCCAAUGCUGCAUUUUGGGCUGCAAGAAAAGGAAACCUGGCUCUCCUCCAGCUGCUGCUGAACAGUGGGCGAGUAGACGUGGACUGCAAGGACAGCCUUGGCACAACAGCCCUGAUGGUAGCAUCUUACUAUGGCCACAUAGAUUGCGUACGUGAAUUGGUCUUGCAAGGAGCAGAUAUCAAUCUGCAGAGAGAGUCAGGUGCAACUUCUCUGUUCUUUGCUGCACAGCAAGGCCACAACGAUGUAGUGAAGUUUCUCUUUGAAUUUGGAGCCUCUACUGAAUUUAAGAAUAAAGAUGGAGGUACUGCUCUUCUAGCUGCUUCUCAGUACGGGCAUGCAAAAGUAGUGGAAACUCUGUUGAAGCACGGUGCCAACAUUCACGAUCAACUUUAUGAUGGAGCUUCUGCAAUUUUCCUGGCGGCACAAGGAGGCUAUCUGGAUGUCAUCCGAUUGCUGCUUUCUUCAGGAGCAAAAGUUAACCAGCCACGGCAGGAUGGGACGGCUCCCUUGUGGAUUGCAUCGCAGAUGGGUCACAGUGAAGUGGUGCGAGUAAUGCUGCUCAGGGGAGCUGAGCGAGACGCCACGCGGGACGAUGGUACAACUGCUUUACUGAAGGCUGCUAUUAAAGGGUACAACAAUGUGAUAGAAGAGUUGCUGAAAUUCUCUCCCACACUUGGCCUGCUGAAGAACGGGACCUCUGCUCUCCACGCGGCCGUCCUGAGCGGCAAUGCAAGGACAGUGGCACUGCUCCUCGAAGCAGGAGCGGACCCGUGCCUGAGGAACAAGGCAAACGAGCUGCCAGCAGAACUAACAAAAAAUGAACGCAUCCUCCGACUCCUCCGCAUGAAGGAAAAGCAAAGGAAAAGCUAA